AUGAGUUCGAGUCUCGAGAUUAUUUCGAGCUCCACGAAGGCAGACACGUCCACCGUUCAACGUUCCACACUAAGUAAUACCAAGUCGCGCAGAGGCCCAAUAUCUUGUCGCCGACGCCAGGAAUAUCGCCAGCAGGCUCAGGAGGAUCAGCCGCGGCGCAAAGACAAGGCAGAGAAGAACCGCCCGAAGAACAGAAAUAGAGGGCAAGCAGGCAGAGUCCGCAAGAUGGGCAACGAGGAGUCUUCCAUGGUGGAUCCGUCCACGCGGCCAUUCACAUUGGGCGCACGCUCGACCGAAGCACUGGCGCAGUACAUCGAAGACGGCAAGGCGAAGAAGAUAGUUGUUCUUACUGGUGCUGGUAUCUCGACAUCUGCCGGCAUUCCUGACUUCCGCUCGCCAGAGACAGGACUCUACGCCAACCUGGAGCGCCUAAAUCUACCACACCCCGAGGCCGUCUUCGAGCUGUCCUUCUUCCGCGAGAACCCUCUUCCGUUCUAUACACUUGCGCAAGAGCUGUAUCCUGGGAAAUUCCGACCGACUAUCACACACUCAUUCAUCACCCUGCUGCACCAGAAAGGUCUACUGCUGAAGCUCUUCACACAGAACAUCGACUGCCUGGAACGAGAAGCCGGUGUGCCCGGUGACAAGAUCAUCGAAGCACAUGGUAGUUUCGCAGACCAAGCAUGCAUUGACUGCAAGAAGUCGUACCCCAAAGAGCAGAUGCUCGUUCACAUCGAGAACAAGACAGUUCCACGCUGCAUCGACACAACAUGCAACGGUCUCGUCAAGCCCAAAAUUGUCUUCUUCGGCGAACAGCUUCCCCGCGAGUUCUUCGAAAACAUCGACCUCGUAAUGACUGCCGAUCUUUGCAUUAUCCUCGGAACCUCCCUCUCCGUGCACCCCUUCGCCUCACUCCCCGAUCAAGUCAACGAAUCCGUCCCACGACUCCUGGUCAACAUGGAGCGAGUCGGGACGCUCGGUUCGCGACCCGACGACGUCCUCAUCCUCAAGGACUGCGACACUGGCGUUAAAGAGCUUGCCGACGCGCUGGGGUGGACCGAUGAACUCGCAUCGCUGUGGGCCAGCACUGCGAAAGACGGCCAGAUCGUGUCCGAGAAGGAGGAGCCGCAGGGCACGAGGACCAGGGACGAACAGUUACAAGACGAGGUCGAUAAGCUCACCAAGUCCAUCGAUCAGACACUCAAGCUGGGCGCUGCUCAGCAGAAAUGGCUGGACAACCAUAUCGCGGACCAGCCAGGCCUGGAGAAGAAGCCGAACUCACAGCCGGCAGAUAGUGCGGACCCACGCGCAUUAGCGCCAGUGAAGAAAGAAGGGGGUGGGCUGGCCCACAUCUUCCCCUUUCUGUCCACUGACAAGAAGAGUGGGGGAAGUAACUUGUAG